CACGGAACAUUGUUAUUUUUUGCACCGGUCGGCGACCUCAAAAAAGUUACUGAAAUUCAAAGUAAAAUUGCGCCUUACUAUAUUGUUGAUUAACGUAAUUUUCCUAUGGAAUAAACGAAUUUCAUUUUAUUCUAUUUAGAUGAAAUGGCCCAUCAUCGAGUUGUGCAAUGGAAUACUAUGGCAAGAACAUGGUGGCUGUUUGAUGCCAAAUACCAGUGCCCACACAGAUCAGCAGAGAAGAUAUGCAUGUACCUAGAGGGCAGACAUAAACCACUUUAUCAUCCACUUUCUGAUGUUGGGGACCAUGUUGUUGUGAUUAACACUAGACAUGUUGCUAUGGUAGAAGAUCUGUGGAGGAAACUACUCUAUGAACACGAUACUAGGUUUGCCCAUGGUAAAUCAAAGACUACUGCCUGGAAAUUACACGAAGCUGAUCCCACUAAAAUAAUGUAUAAAUCUGUAUAUCGUGCUGGUCCGAAGAAUUUAUUGCGUCCUAAUUUGAUGAGAAGAUUGCACUUAUAUCCUGAUGAGGAUGUUCCAGAAGAUAUACUAGGAAAUAUAAGUGAUGUAAUUAGGCAGAUACAGGUUGUACCAAAAACGUUAGAUGAUUAUACUGAAGAACAGCUAAAGACGUUUCCGAAAAUAUUUGAUUGGUAGGUAAUUUAUAUAUUGGA